CAAAAUUCUAACUGUCACCUUGGUGGGUGGAAGCCACUAUCUACUGAUGGACCGGGUAUCUCAGAUUCUUCAAGAUCAUGGUCAUGAUGUGACCUUACUCCAUGUGGGAGGACUUUCUUUGUAUUCAGCUAGUCAACUUCUGUUGGGGAAUUCAGCAUCACCUUCAUCGGACUUUCCAACUUGUGGCCUGCUCUAUGGAAUUCAGACUUGCCAAUCCCCAUGAUCAUGGGGUGGAAUUUCCAACCACCCGUAAUUUGGUUCACACGGUGUGAGACUGAUGACAGCACACAUACAUCAAGCGGGUAUAAAAAAGUUUAGUAGUCACACAACGAGGUCUUUUUUGGAGAGCAGGGCAGGCUUCCGAGCAGACUUUAAAGCGGAGGAAAAAUCAUACCAAAUGAUCACUUGGCAUCCACCUGAAGAUUAUAAAAAAGAAUUUACGAAGUGUUUUAAUUUUUUUAUGGAAGAAGCUUUGCAUAGCAGAGUAACAUUUGAAGACUUUUUAUAUUUUAUGGCACAACUGGGGACUCAGUGCAAUCUUUUUCUAAGGAGGAAGGAUAUCAUAGAUUCUCUGAAGAGUGAGAACUUUGACCUGGUGAUAGUUGAAACUUUUGACUACUGUCCUUUACUGGUUGCUGAGAAGCUUGGGAAACCAUUUGUGUCCAUCUUUCCCACCACGUUUGGUGCAGUGGACUUUGGGCUACCUCAACCCAUCUCUUAUGUUCCAGUCUUUCGUUCUGUACUAACUGACCACAUGGACUUUUGGGGCCGAGUGAAGAAUUUUCUGAUGUUCUUUGAUUUUUCCAUGAAGCAAAGGCAAAUCCAGGCUCAGUAUGAUGAUGCCAUCAGGGAGCACUUCCCAGAAGGCUCUAGGCCAGUGUUGUCUCAUCUUCUACUGAAAGUAGAGCUGUGGUUUGUUAACUCUGACUUUGCUCUUGAAUUUGCUCGGCCCCUGCUUCCCAACACUGUUUAUAUUGGAGGCUUAACGGCCAAAGCUACUAAACCAGUACCGCAAGACUUUGAGAACUUCAUUGCCAAGUUUGGAGACUCUGGUUUUGUGCUUGUGGCCCUGGGCUCCUCGUCGAACAGUUAUCAGACCCAGGAGGUCAUCAAGGAGAUGAAUGGUGCCUUUGCUCAGCUCCCUCAAGGGGUGAUAUGGAAGUGUAAGCGUUCUAAUUGGCCGAAAGAUGUGAAAUUGGCAGCAAAUGUGAAAAUCGAGGACUGGUUUCCUCAGAGUGACCUCCUGGCUCACCCCAGCAUCCGUCUUUUUGUCACCCAUGGUGGACAGAAUAGCAUAUUGGAGGCCAUCCAACAUGGCGUGCCCAUGGUGGGGAUUCCCUUCUUUGGAGACCAGGCUGAAAACAUGCUACGAGUAGAAGCCAAAAACUUUGGCAUCUCUAUCCAGUUAAAGCAGCUCAAGGCAGAGACUUUGGCUCUCAAGAUGAAACAAGUCAUAGAAGACAAGAGGUUCAAAUCUGCAGCCGUGGCUGCCAGCAUCAUCAGGAGCUCCCACCCACUGACCCCCUCCCAGCGGCUGGUGGGCUGGAUCAACCACAUCCUCCAGACAGGGGAUGGGGCGCACCUCAAGCCUUAUGCCUUCCAGCAGCCAUGGCAUGAGCAGUACUUGCUUGACGUCUUGUCAUUCCUGCUGGCAGUCACUCUGGGUUCCUUGUGGCUUUGUGGAAAGCUGCUGGGCAUGGUGGCCAGGUGGCUGUGUGGGGCCAGGAAACUGAAGCAGACGUGAUGUGGAUGCAUCUGAGGGCUGGAUGUGUUGGGCAGUUUCCCCCCACCACAGGCCACUCCUGGCUUCCUCCCCAUCAUCUCCACUUGCUGGUUUUCCUGAAAAUUGUUCUUUACUCUUUUCUGCCUCUGUUCAGAAAUCUUUAUGCUGCCCUCUCCCCUUCUUGAUUUCCCCGUGUGGGAAUUGGGCCACCUCUACUCACAUAUAAAGCCUUCACCAGCCAGCACUAGCUUCCUCCUCUCUCCUGUUUCCUAGGCUCAGGUCUCUGACAAUCUCAUCCUCUCUGUGCGGGUGACUUCUCAGUCUCUUUCCCCCAUUUUUCCUUCUAUCACUUUUAAUAAAUAUAUACUAUAUUAGGCAAAUUCUCCAUUUUUGUUGAACCAGUUGCCUUUGAUUGUAAGUUCUUCUCAAAGCUCAGGAAGCCUGUUCUCCCAGGUGCAUUUGGGGGAGAGACAGCCCUUUCCAGGACUGCACAUUUGAUCCCUCCCUGAGUCCCCUCCUGCAGGGAACACCUUCUUGGCUGGCCAGGCCUGGAGCCUGCAGGUUGGUCAAUGGCUGAUGCUGCUUUUGCUUCCCACUCUUCACGUUCCCUUCUAAAGAUUCCCACUUUUAUAAAUGGAGUAAUGAGAACAUCAGAUGGAUAACUGGGAACCUAAAAGUAAGGUUUUUGGGGCCUCAGGUAUCAGUGGUCAUGGAAGUUUCUAAGACUUUCUUGAUUUAGGAGAAAUUCCAUCUCCCCUACUCCACCUGCCAAAGAGUAUCCUUACAUAUCCCUAUAUUUGGUAAAUCUUUAGGAGUUUGCAUUCAGCCACCAGUAUCAGAAACCCAAAAUAGUGUGACUAAAACACUUCAGGUUUUUUUAAUCAUAUUUUUUUAAGUUGUAGAAUAUAACAUAUAUACAUAGAUGUGAUAACUUUCCAAGUGCAAUUU